AUCCUGUAUUAACGAGUUGCGUGCGAAGUCAGACGUUGUAUUUCUUUGAAUAACUAUCAAAUCCAUUUUCUGUGCUGCUGUUGAUGGCCUCGUUUGGCUGGAAGAGGAAGAUCGGGGAGAAGGUUUCUAAGGCGGCUGUGCAGCAGUUUGAGGCGGAGUCAGAAAAGGUGGCGGAAGAUGCAGAGUUGGAAGGAGUUGACUGGCUGCAUGCAAUCAAACGCAAGCGAGAGGUGCUCUUAGAGGACUGCGCAGACAAGAGUAAGAGGCUAAAGGAUGAGGGAGCACGGCUGGCUGAGCAGGGCAGACACUGGGAAGCAGUGAAGAAAUGGGAUGAGGCCAUCCAGCUGUCCCCUGAAGAGGCUCCACUGUAUGAGAUGAAGUCACAGGUGCUGACCAUUCUUCAAGAGGUCUUUCCUGCAGUACAGGCAGCAGAGAUGGCAGUGAAACUGCGCCCGAGCUGGUGGGAGGCGUGGCAGACCUUGGGCCGUGCCCAACUAAGCCUCGGGGAGGUUGAACUGGCAGUGCGGUCCUUCCAGGUGGCGGUUCAUCUACAUCCAAUAGAGCGCCCCCUGUGGGAGGAAGACUUGAGCUGGGCGCUGCGUCUCCAGGAGCAGAAACGUGUCGCUCAGCAGAAAGCUGCGCUAGAAGACGAGACACGGCAGGUUGUCGAAGAAGCCCCCGAACUGCAACAAGAUUAUGAGGACUUUGAAAGCGAUGAGGUCAUCGCUGCCUGCACAGCCAUAGCGGAGCGCCAGAAAAGAUUCGAGGACCUAAAGAAGACAGCAGUUGUUGUAGACGCUCGGGGCGUUGCUAUGGAAACGGUAGUUGGGGAUGAUGACAGACCUGCUUCCUCUUCAGAGAAUGCUUUAGUGAAAGCCAGAGCAGUGUAAGUAGAGACUGGGAUGCUUUUUGUUGCAAUAUUUGUACACUGUUGUAGAAUAAUGUGCAUGGACUUUCAAGGGUUACCUCAUAGAGGGUAUCGUGGAAUAUAUGGAUUGUAAACUAUGAUUUCUUGUUCACUGAAGUGGAAAUGCCUGAUGCUGUUUGUAGUGAUAUGUGCAUUCUUUUCAAGAUGUCCCUUUGAUUGCACAAAACCUAAUAAAAUCUUUGAAUAAAAUCCUAAAAUCUU